CGGUUGGUAUGAAGCGAAUUCUCCAGCAUGGCGAAGCCCCACGCCCUCUUCGCCACCGUCUCCCUGGCUGGCCAUUUCUUUCCCGCCGUCGACCUCUCCGCCAAACUGGCGGCCAAGGGAUUCAUCGUCACCGUUGCCACCCUAGACUCCGGGGGUUCCUUCUCUCCCGACCUCUUUGCUGCUGCCGCCGUCGCCUCCGCCGCUGCCCGCUCCCAGGGCCUCGACAUCCGCUUCCAAUCCUUGAAGGAUACCGUAAAUCUGCCCGCGGCACAUCGGAGCUGGAACCACGACACCGCCAUCAACGCCAUGCUCCACCAUGCCUUCGCCCCCAUGGAAGAGCUACUGCAGAAGCUCUUGCGAGAAGAUCCGCCCGUCACCGUCCUCAUCGCAGACACCUUCAACACUUGGCCAUCCGCCAUGGCCAAGAAGUACGACCUGAUCCAUGUCUCUUUCUGGACCCAGCCGGCGCUCGUCUUCUCGCUCCACUACCACAAGGACCUCCUCAUCUCAAAUGGCCACUUUGCUUCUCCUGAUCGGAAUCGGAAAGAUACGGCCGUCAGAUACAUACCAGGCAUUCCAGAAAUCGAGCCGCACGAGCUCGCCUCCAUCUAUCAAGACAAGGAUGCGUCUUCCUUAGUCCAUCAAUUCACUUUCAAAUGCUUCGACGAGCUAAGAGGAGCCGACUUCGUACUCGCCAACACAGUGGAAGAGCUCGAAGCAGAGGCGAUCUCUGCUCUCCGGCGGGAGAUGCCUUUCUAUGCCAUCGGCCCUGUCUUUCCGGAUGGAUUCACCAGCGGCAUUUCCGGAAGCAUUGCUGCCAUUCAGGACUGCUCGCAUUGGCUGGACACGAUGCCGGCGGCCUCGGUGCUGUACGUGUCAUUCGGAAGUGCGUUCCAUCCGGGCGAGAGGGACUUCAGGGAGAUGGCGCAUGGUGUUUUGAACAGUAAGGUCAAUUUCCUGUGGGUGCUCCGGCCGGACACCGUUCCGCUGCCUGAUGGAUUUGUGGCAGCGUGUCAGGGGAGGGGGAUGGUGGUUCCGUGGUGCGACCAGAAGGAGGUCCUCCUCCACCCCGCCGUCGGUGGAUUCUUGACGCACUGCGGAUGGAAUUCGACCUUGGAGAGCGUUUGGUUCGGCGUGCCAAUGCUGUGCUUCCCGCUAGCGUUCGAUCAGCCGCCGAACUGUAAGUUGGUGAGCAAGGAUCUGAAGAUAGGGGUUCGUCUCGGCGGCUCCGGGGAGGUGAACAGGGACGAGGUGCACGACAAAAUUGAAGGGUUGAUGGGAGGCGAAGUCGGAGCGGCGGUGAGGAUGGAGAUGGAGAAGGUACAGAAGGCGGCAAGGGCAGCCGUGGCCUUGAAUGGAUCAUCGUCUAGGAACAUGGAUAAGUUCAUCGACGAUCUCCUUAAGCAUCUUUCGGAAAAGAACAUCCGCAGUACCAGUGAAGCGCGGUGCAUGUUCUAAGGGGGCGUUUGGUUCUUUCCUAGGAAUAGGAAUCGGAAUGGGAAUCAUUGUAUUGUGGAAUGGGAAUGGGUAUGAGCAUGGAUAUCACUCUUAAAAGCAA